UUGCAUUUAUUUCCCCCGUGCUCCCUCUCCGUCCCGAUCCACACAUGGAACUCAUGCCUGACUACCAUCUGUGACGAUCCUUCCAGCCUCCCAUCCAGUGAUUGCUUUUACCGGGUAAAUCUCGUAAAACAAUUCCUCAAAACUUGUGAGUCUGCUACACAGUCGAAGGGUAAGCAUUGGGAACUCAUUCCAACUGAAAUCAUUAGCCUGAAACUAAAUCAUCUCAUGCUGGGAGUAUGUUGCCACUGUUUGACCGGUGAAAGCCUUGGAUACUAUUAAUGUAUCACUUUCGUAUUACUAACGUUGCACGGUGGAAUCCCGAGCAUUGAUUGCAUGGUAUCUCUGGGCAUCGGAUGCUGUAAGCUGCAUAAAGUGUUUCUUGUCGUUACCCUACCUCCUUGCAACCGCAGUGGGCUCGCCAGACCUGACGAGACGCGUUUUUCAUGGAGAAGCAUUGCUCAAAUCAAACAAACACGACCACGUUACCAGGACUCCACCACCUUCCACCCUCCACUAAGUUUUCUGAUACUGCACUUGCAGUGCCUUCCCACCCUUGUGCACCCACCCAGCUUCGUAUUAAAAUGGCGAAUGCACUCUUGCUUGUCAACUACACACCGUUCCCAGAGUACCAUUGCCCACGCAGGGGAAUUCUUGUGCCAAGCCAAGGCGGCUAUCAAGGAACGCAUGGUUGCCAAGAGCAAGGGUGCAGUAUGGAAGCCAGUCCCAAAGAGAGGCGAUGUGAUGAAAAGGAUCCCCAUCGAUUUCAAAUAUACGAUGAAUGGAUGAGUUCCAACGUCGGAGACUUCACGCGUUGCUCCUGAUGGGAGUCAUGCUCCCUGUGAGGAGGAUGGCUAGACAUAAUUAAGGUCUUGGGGCCAGGAAUCUGUUCCCUGGAUUCACCUACCCCUGAAGCUUUGUGCAGUAUUUCAAGUGAAUCGGAUGCAAUGCUUUUAUGUAGUGACUUCAUAUGGAUAAUUCAAGUGGCAAACUUCUCUAGAAGGACGCAUCAAAAUUUCCUAUGCUGCACAA